CAAUAAUUUCUCUAUAUUUACAAUUACAGAUAGUCGAUCUCUUUUGCAUUAUUUACCAUGGAUAACGAUACCCCAAGCAUGAUUCAUGAUCCAUUGAUUGAUUCCACAGGAGAAGGAGGCUAUGCAUUAAGUGGCAAAAUUAUGUUAAGUGCUAUUGUUAUCUUAUUCGCUGUUGUUGUUUUCAUGGUGGGUCUUCAUCUAUAUGCUCGUUGGUACCUUCUAUCUCAGCGCCGCCGUGAACUCCUUCGCCGCCGUAGGGUCCACCAUCGACGGACCCAUAUUGUUUUCUACGUUGAUAAUCCUGGUUCCGGGUUGUCUGAUGCUAACCGGGGUUUGGAACCGGUAGUUCUCAAUUCCUUGCCGGUUUUUGUUUAUUCCGACAAGACUCACCCGGAACCGCUGGAAUGUGCUGUUUGUUUAUCGGAAUUCGAGGAGAAUGAAAAGGGUCGGGUUUUACCCAAGUGUAAUCACUCAUUUCAUUCGGAAUGUAUCGAUAUGUGGUUUCAUUCUCAUUCUACUUGCCCUCUUUGUCGAUCUCCGGUGGAGGCAGUACUUAUCGAACCGAAUAAUAACCGGGUUGAGGUAGCAGUAACAGUGAAUGAACCGACUGAACCGGGUUCGAGUUCCGGUUUAUGCAACUCUUGUGAGGAAAAUAGUAGUCAUUCUAAUAUGACGCCGUUAGGUUGCCGGCGAAAAGGAUUGGAUCUGACCGGAGUUAGAAUAGAGGUGCCAAGAAGGAACGAUUUUGAAGCCGAUUUGGAAAUGGGAGUGAGAGUGAGUUCACCGGCGAUUCAAUCGAGAUCACCAGCGACUCGUUUAAUGUCUUUGAGAAGAAUACUGAGUAUGAACAGAAAAACACCCACCGGAACUAGCCAUUCCCCUAGUGGGAGUUGCGCCGCCGAGUUGGAUUUAGAAAGCGGCGGUAGUAAUGGUGGUGGAAAAAUUCAAGUCGGCGGCGAACGUAUCACAACUCCGUGAGUGACAAGCCCCGGCACACAUCCCUAGGCAAAUAUUGAGUCACGCCGAUUGCGUGAAAACAGGAGCAACAGUGACUUGACUGACAGAAAAUUCAAUAUUCGAUGUCCUAUGACACGUGGCAAUAUGAUGGUGACGUGGCGGUAUUGGAAUGGACGGAUUCCCUUUUAUUUGGCAGUCAUGGUAGACUUUGAGGGGGGAAUGUUUGACUUGUAAAUUAAUGGUAGGAUUAGAAAAAUGCAACUUGUAAAGCGUUACGUGCAAGAGUCAAUUACAAUGUAAUCUAUUUUCUAAAUUCGUUGAA